UGUCUGACCAUGUCACACACUUGUGGAGUCGAUGCUGAGGUUUCGGGGGUGUGUCUGUAUCCACGGGCAGCAUCCUUCGUGAAGACAAAAAUGGCCCCAUGAAACAAGCUGGAAUAUUCGCGCAGUGUGUGUGCGCUAUGCCAAUCUGAAGGAUUUAAUUUGGAAAAGCACCGACUUCACGGAUGGAAGGUUAUUUCCUGCAUAAGACAGCAUUCGCCAUUUGACGUCUCAGAUGGCUUUUAUGUCGAGAUUCUCCCGGUCCAGGAGCAACUCUAGAUCGCCGAGUCGGAAGGAUGCGGAGAAAGGAUCUCCCAUGCUCACAGUCGGCGAGCUGGAGAGGCUGCUGUACACUGGGAAAACAGCCUGUAAUCACGCCGAUGAAGUAUGGCCAAACCUCUAUAUAGGUGACCAGGAGAUCGCUGCAGAUCGCCGGGAGCUGGCGAAGCUUGGCAUUACCCACAUCCUGAACUGUGCCCAGAGCAAGUGGAGAGUGGGCGCCGAGUACUACGCUGGCAUGAAUAUCACCUACCAGGGCAUCGAGGCUCACGACUCACCCACGUUUGACAUGAGCGUAAACUUCUAUCCCGCCUCGGAGUUCAUCCACAAAGCACUCAGCAAUGGAGGGAAAGUCCUUGUGCAUUGUGCGGUUGGUGUCAGUAGAUCAGCCACACUUGUGCUGGCUUACCUGAUGAUUCGGCAGAACAUGACCCUGGUGGAGGCCAUCAAGACGGUGAAGGACCAUCGCGGUGUCAUCCCCAACCGAGGCUUCCUGCGGCAGCUCAACGGCCUGGAUGGGAUCCUCCGCUCCAGUCGCAGUGGGCCAUAAGCGUGUGCGGUGGGGUGGGGGCACAGUGGUAGAGCCCAAAUCCUUGCCCGUAGAUUUUAAGUUGUGUCUGGGGUAAAAGUAGAGAUGCUUUUUAUGAAAACAAACAAACAAAGAAAAAAAUCGGUUCAGAGCCAGAGUCGUGGUUAGAGUCUUAUGCAUUGUGGUCAGUAUAGAUAUGCCUUAAUGUAAACGUCUCCUAGGGAUGUAUGUGCUCAAUGCCUUAUUCGGUCCUGUCCACUGCCAUCUGGGAUGGAACUACAGCACUCGCUGGGCCACCUGAUAACUUCAUGAUGAUUUUAAUGCAUAUAUUUUAAAGCAUAGAUUUUAAGGCAUACAGAACAUUCCAUAUUAUGACUCAUGGGAGGUGUCCAUCAUAUCACAGGACAGGAGGAGAUUGUGGUUACUGUUGGCUGAAGGGCAGUCAUAAGUGCUUUUGAUUGUCUUGAAAUAUUUGAAUGCCAAACCAAAGUAGCAUGCGGUGUGGCAUUAGAACUGAAUGUGCAAUGCUUGAUGAUGCAUCUGCCUGACCACCCUGCUACCCCCACACACACACACACACACACACACACAAAAAGAGAGAGGACAGGAAAAGCUUUAAUUGCAUUCACAGACUUUUUUAAGAGAACAGCUGCGCAUAUUGGCUUCAAGUCUGGAUAAUCCAGUUGCUCAUGAAUACUUUAUUAUCAUAUUCUCCAAUGAUAUAUUAUUGAUAUGCAUGAGUCCUUUAUUUUUUAAAAGUGUAUUGCCUUAUUUUCUGUGUGUAAGCACUAAGCAGAUUCUACUCUUCUUUACAAUAUGAAGUCCAUGAAAUAUGGUAUUAGUUCUUAAUGGUAUUUGCCUCCUUGAUAAAACACAUGCACGGUUUUAAUUCAUUAGCACCAAGUAUCGAAGUAUAUCAUGAAAGUACAUUUUAUUUUAUUUGUGGGGCAAAUCCAUCAGGACUGACAUUACUAAUUGGUUUUAAUUUGCAGAACAUUACUCUACAGCAGCCAUUGUAGAAAUUAUUGUAGAUAUUAUUAAGUUCCGAGUUUUAUGACUAGAGGGUCGUUCACACCAAGAACGAUAACUGUAACGAUAACAACAUGAAGAACGAUAUCACUGGGGAUAUUGCGAUUUUGAGAACGAUACAAAUCUGAGAGCCAAUCAGAAUCUAUCACAUUUUAGCCAUCUCAUUCAUCGACACUGACAUUGGUCAUUGUGGACGCUUUUAUCGUUAUAGUUAAAAUGAUCUUUAUAGUUAUCGUUCCUGGUGUGAAUGACCCUUAAGUAUGCUUGGCCCUUGCUUGACGUGGAAGCAAAGUCACUGUUAUAGUGGGCUGUUAGUGUUUUGUUUGCUAUGAAUAAGUUACUCAUAGACUCUAGUAAGAGAACUGUGAAGGCUGCAAAACAAUUUUGAUAGCUGGAUAAUCGGUAACUAUGAAUGUUUUUUGUGGCUGAUGUUACAUACUGACUAUACUAUCUUUGAGACCAGGCACUGGGAUAUUUUUUAAAGUUCUUCCUGAGGGUAAUAAUUAUGGUUGAGUAUUCCAUUUACUGUAUCAGACUGAUAUAGGGAAAUGAAAAUAUAGACAUGUCAUUGUUAUUAAUGACAUUUCAAUUGCACCUAUUUGUUGGGGUGUCAUGAAAGCCAGGACAGACUGAAUGGAUUAAACAGAUAAUUUCCACUCUCAGGUAUUCUAAAGCUAUUAUAAACCAUGUCCGCCUAUUGAUGGAUUUGCCCUGUAGCAUUUUAGUAGCAAACACACUUCAAGGUAUUCGUUUUUAGAGAAACCCCUGACAGCUAGAACUUGUGCCAGUGCUGAGGGCACAGUUGAGAAAGGUCACCUCCACACUCCACCCUCAAGUUAAAAUCCUAUGACUACAAUGAGUUGGAUGCAAAGGUUUGAGUUGGAGUCCCAGGGACCAUAUUUGUUGUUAAUACAUGCUAGGCCUACAGAUUGACUCAUGGCAUGUGGUCAUGGGGAUGGAUAUGUUCAAGACAACUUGGAGCUCAGGUAAAUACAAGAUCCAAGUUGGUUGUAAAGAUUUGAACAUCAUCCACCAACAAGUUCAAGUCAGAAACUCAGGCACCCAUAUUGACCUCACUGACUCCUGGACAUCAAUACAUUGUGAUCAGUGCGUAUUGAUUUUGUAUGCAUUAUAAUGGAAAUGCAUACCUUUGCUACCUUUUUAAACAUCUGUAAAAGAAGUUUUUGGUUCGGUACUUUUGAAGUAUCGACACUCAAAAGCACUUUGGUUCCAGGUCAGCCGCUCCCGAAUCUCUGAGUUCCAAAUGGUCUUGAACACUGGCAGCUGGUAGUCUAAAAACACCACUGACACCUUUAUGCCACAUACAGUAUCUCAAACCACUGUUUUGAACAUAUGUAUCCAGCUUACAACUGCCAGCAUACGUAGCUAAUAAUGUAUUAGAGGGUUUUGAUGUUUAUACUGUAGGACAGCACAAGGGAAUGGAUCUCUAUGUGCAGGACACUUCCUGUUGGGGUACACGGUACACUAGUAAACAGUCAAAGACAUCAAGGAAAAGCUGUCCUUGUGAUCUUUAAAGUGCAAGCAAACAACCCAAACAAGCAUGACUCACUGCACCAGUGUUGCCCCCUCUUUCAGGGAGAGGGAGGCAUGGAGAUCAAAACUUUGUUAUGCGCUCACAAAUCAAAGAGCCGGGG